CACCUAGCAUACGUGAAAACAGUGUUCUUUGGACGAGGAGAGAUCGCGGGUACGCGCGCGCUUCGUAGAAAGAACGAGUCGGAGUUUCUGUAUUUACGAGCGUGAGAGAGAGAGACGGACGGUCAGACAGAUAGAUAGACAGAGAGAAGUGGAAAGAGGGCGACGAUGACGGAGAUAGGAGAGAAAAGAAAGAAGGGAGAGUAAAGAGAGUACGGGGAAACAACCCCGGUAGCCGAGACACCGAAGGGUGUAGCGUGAUAUUCUGAUUUCUCGAUAUCCGUUUCGCUGCCACAUUUUCCCUGAGCGAACGUUCCAAUAACCUGACAAUGGAUGCGACGAAACUCGGCAAGGACAAGGGAAAGAAUGGCAAGGAUGGCGAGACUAGUGACGAGGCGAAUAAGAUAGCAGGAGGACCACCGGCUACCGCUGCACCACCACCACCAACGUUGAUUAACAAAAUCAAAUACCAACCCGGGGGCCCUGUGAUUAAGAAAGACAAACGGCAAAGUAGCUCAAGAUUUAACAUAUCGAAAAAUCGCGAGCUUCAGAAGUUGCCGCUCCUAUCCGAAACGCAACAAGGAAACGAGAGGGAAGAACUAUUCAUCCAGAAACUACGACAAUGUUGCGUGUUGUUCGACUUCGAGGCCGAUCCUCUUUCGGAUCUGAAAUGGAAAGAGGUGAAGCGUACUGCUCUCAACGAAAUGGUCGAAUAUGUUACCAAGAACAAAAAUGUGAUCACAGAGGCCAUUUACCCUGAAGCGGUGAACAUGUUUGCAGUGAAUCUGUUUCGCACUCUUCCACCAUCAUCGAAUCCAAACGGAGCAGAAUUCGAUCCGGAAGAGGAUGAGCCAACGUUGGAAGCAGCAUGGCCUCACUUGCAACUAGUUUAUGAAUUCUUCUUACGAUUACUCGAGUCUCAGGAUUUCCAGCCCUCCAUUGCUAGACGUUAUAUAGACCAGAAGUUCGUGUUGCAACUUUUGGAGCUAUUCGACUCGGAGGAUCCACGGGAAAGAGAUUUCCUAAAAACGACGCUUCAUAGAAUUUAUGGGAAGUUUUUGGGACUCAGAGCAUAUAUCAGGAAACAAAUAAAUAAUGUUUUUUAUCGAUUUAUAUAUGAAACCGAACACCAUAAUGGUAUUGCUGAACUUCUUGAGAUAUUGGGAAGUAUAAUUAAUGGCUUUGCACUACCAUUAAAAGAAGAACAUAAAAUUUUUCUAUUAAAGGUACUUUUACCUUUACACAAAGCCAAAUCGCUCUCUGUGUAUCAUCCGCAAUUAGCGUAUUGCGUAGUUCAGUUCCUGGAAAAAGAUCCAUCAUUGACUGAACCCGUUAUUAGAAGUCUGCUGAAAUUUUGGCCGAAAACACAUUCUCCUAAGGAAGUGAUGUUUCUGAAUGAGCUCGAAGAGAUUCUCGAUGUGAUCGAGCCCGCAGAAUUUCAAAAAGUCAUGGACCCAUUAUUUAGACAAUUAGCAAAAUGUGUAUCAUCUCCACACUUUCAGGUGGCUGAAAGAGCUUUAUAUUACUGGAACAACGAAUACAUAAUGUCUCUCAUAUCAGACAAUUAUGCAGUUAUUUUGCCAAUCAUGUAUCCAGCAUUCUACAGAAAUUCCCGAAAUCAUUGGAACAAAACUAUUCACGGCUUGAUUUACAAUGCGUUGAAGCUCUUUAUGGAGAUGAAUCAGAAAGUAUUUGAUGAGUGUACUCAACAGUAUUAUCAGGAUCGACAGAGAGAAAGGAAGCUUAUGAAAGACAGAGAUGAAGCUUGGAUGCGCGUUGAAGCUUUAGCGAUGAGACAUCCGAAUUACAACGCGACUAUAAAAGGUGUUACGAACACAACAAUUGGAACGAUAUUGCAGCAACAAUUAGACAGCCCUCCACCUGAUGAAGACGGCGAUACAGAUCAAACUCCGCUUACGUUGGAAAAAAUAGAAGCGAAAGCGAAUGAGGCAAAAAAAAUGACCAACUCCAAUAAAACAAAGCCACUUUUGCGAAGGAAAAGCGACUUACCCCAAGACACGUAUACAAUGCGGGCAUUGUCCGAUCACAAACGCGCAGACGAAUAUCUCGUUACGCCACCGGAUCCUAACAAUUGCUAGUCUCUACCACAAUCUCUUCCCAUAUAUCCUCUCUUUUGCUGCAGUGAUUUUGGGAGUUAGCUUUUUCGAAGAGAGAAACGAAACAGCGAUGAGUCGAAUCUAACUAAUCGAGCUGUCAUCAUAGUCGACAACAACCGUCUGCGACAGAGUUUGAUCGUAUAGAGAAGCCAACAAUCGUAAUUAUCUCUUUCCUAUUUCCUUAUCCGCCCCUCUUAUAUCAAAAAGUAUCGAGAGAUGUGUAUGGUAAUAUCUUUUUCUUUGUAUCUCGGUAAACCAAAAAAAAAAGAAGCUUUCUCUCAUUGCACCUAGCACAUUCGGAAAAUGUAUCCAUGUCCGUAGUAAUCUAUAAGAGAGAAAAAGAUAACUUCCUAUAUACUCUUCGAGUUGAUUUACACACGGUAUCGCGGGAAUUAUGAAAAUACUUCAUACUCGCUACCAAAAAGAAUAGAAAAAGAAUCACGGGAUGUAGAAGAAACCUAGCGAAUAAGGGUCCUAAGUGUAUCAAGUAAUACAUGGAAUAUUUUAUAAAUUGUAGAUUUCUUGCGUAUGGAGAAAUCUAUCGCUGACAAUAAGACAGUUUUUUCACAAUUCAUAAGUACGCUUUCACAUUUUUAAAUUGUCUGUGCUCGAUGUUCAAUAAAUGUACGACAUACAGGUCAGAUCGUACAUGAAGUUAAUACACCAGUAACGAUUUAUUUAUCAAGGUCUGUUUGUAAUUGUUUUAAAACAUGUUGUCUUGCUUUUGGCGGCGGAUUUUCUUCAUAUUAUAGGAAUUUAUGGUUUAUUGAACAUCAUUUAUACAGGGUAAAUCACGACGAGUGGACAAGAUUGUACAAAUUGAUUCUGGGAAUGAUUUUGAAUAGAGUUUAUCUUGGAACAUCGUAGUUUAAAAGAUAAAAUAUUUUAUUUAUAUUUUUAGGAAAAAGUUACUUAUGAAACGUAAAUCUUCCUAAAUGAGAAAAUGAGAAAAUAAUCGUGUCUAUCUGAUUAGAUACUCGUUUAUAUUGAAACACGUCCAAAUUUUAAUAAUAUUUUUGCAUGAUAUCUCAUUCAAAAUCCCCCCCUAAAUUAAUUGAUAAAUUUAUGUUCACCUGUGGUGAUAUACAUCUGUAUAUAUACCCUAAAUAAGCAAAAAGAUUUUAUACAAAUCCAAAAAAGAGUCAGAAAAAAGAUGGCCGCGAGUUUGAUGUAAUAAUUAAUAACUAUAAAAAAGAAAAAGGGAAAUUUUAGUAUGCAAGUUUGAGGCGUUACUCUUCUGAGCGAGGUUUCCACUGACGCGCAAACGACAGACAUUUAAUAACACACAAGUGAUAUAUAGUUGCUUUAAUGCUACCAGCUCGUAACUUAGCGGCAAAUAAUAACAAUAAUUAUAAAAAAAAAAGAAGGAAAAACGUAAAAAUUGCAAAAAAGAAGUGAAAACGUCGUUUUAGAGUUAGAUCAACGUGAUAGCACUAUUUUAGAAUAUCGAUUGUUAUAAAUCUGAGUAUUCCUGAAUGUAAUACUUUUAUAUCUGUCGUGCCUAGAUGCCUGUGGAAUGCAUUCGCAAGAAUCGCCUCUGCCAGAGGCCUAUAAUUAAGAAUCGUUAAAUAAAAGAAAAUAAUAAUAAAAUAAUAAUAAUAAUAAUAAUAAAAAAUGAAAUAAUAAGCAACGAGUUAUACGUGACGUUAUUGGUGUAAUUGCAUCACAAAUUUUUUCAAGAACGCUUACACGAACGUUACGUCGUUGCAUCGUCAGUUUUGUGGUAAAAAAAAAACGAAAAAAAAAAAAAAAAAAAAGAAAACGUUAUAUACUAGUUCGUCGCUGGCAAGAGAAGCAAAGAAAAAGAAGAAUGAAAAGAAUAGAAACAAAUUUAGGAAUCGGUGUGUAGAAAACUAGGGUGUGGUGAGAUAUGCCCUCGGUAUCUACACCAAGGCUUUCUUUUCGGCCGAUUCCUCCUGUUACUCCAAUUUAUUGGAUAUAGAGAUUCCGAUACCACGCAAAUCACGCAACAAAACAGCGAUCCAAGCGAUAAUAUCUUUAGUCUUUGCGCUGCUGGCAGGCUGUUGUGUUUAAACAUUGUAAGGGAUGAACUUGUUGAGAAUAGUAAUACGAUUAGCACUUAUUAUUAAAUAACAAAAAUUAAAACCAAAUGAGAUGAAUAUAAAUAAAAGAAAAAAAAAUUAUUUACUAUUUAAUCAUCCCUUCAGGAGGAGAAUGACCGUUUUUGUUACGGAAAAGCAUUAAAUGAUAAGUAUUCUCGUCGAUACUUUUUAUUAUCAAGUGCAGUGUAAUCUCGAUGAAUCUCAUUGGAAAACACACUGUAUCUUGCGUAUUUGAUAAUAAAAGUAUUUUUAGUAAAACAAUUUCAUUUGAAUAGGUUUGAUUUUUCAAUGAUACUCCUUUAAAUAAAUCAAGUCGCGUUCAUUCGAUGUAACAUCGAUUUCGAUUUCUUUCUUUUAUUUUUCCUUUUUUUUCCAUUAACUUUCUUUUCUCCGUUAAUUCCGUAAACCAACGUGGAUUAUCGGGAUUACAUUGUAUUUUUCUAUCGUUGAAGUCAAUCGAAAACAAAAAUAAAUAGAUAAUAAUGUUUGGGAGAAGCAUUUCUCUGAUAAUGCAUGUUUCGAGGUUUCGUCUCUUACUGCGUCUAUUCUUUCACUCAUUGUAUCAUCUAUGAUACAUCUUUGAAGUUUACGGAUUUUAUAGUAGAAUCAGAAGAUAAUUCGGAUUUCUCGUGCUUAAAUAUGAAAGAAGACUGUUACUGACUCAUCGUUGGUCGAGUAUUAUCGAAUUCUUCUGAAAACUUCCGUUUCCGCAAUUGUGCCACGCUUAAAUUAUAUAAACAGGAGAGAGAGAGAGAGAGAGAGAAGAAAAAGAAUGAGAGAGAGAGAAAGAGAAAAUGAAAUUUGAUUUCAUUCGAUGUAGAUCGUUCUCUUGUAACUCCUGCGCGAAGUUACCUCGAGUGAGUUUAAAAGUUCAUUUUCAGCAAUGUUUUAUACGUUUUUUAUGAUAAGAAAGUCAGCCAACAAUCGAGUAUUUUGUAGGUAGAAAGAGAAACAACUUAUUAUGCGAAAGAACCGAUUUAAAAAUGUUUUAUGUAAGGAGGAGCAAGGAUUUUCUGAAUUAGAGAAUGGAGUAUCACACUACCGUAGGCAGCUUUCGAGUCUUGUAGAAAUGUCUCUGUUCUUCCUUACGUAAAGUUCUACGAAUCUUUCUGAGAGAAUUAUUAUUCGGCGGAGAAUAAAAAAAAAAAAAAAGAAAGAAAGGAAAGAAAGAAACAUUGGUAAAGAAUGAAAAGACGUACAGUGACUCGCUUCAAACCUAGAGAUAUGAACCUACGGUGGAACACGUACAGAACUGUGUAUCAAUGUUCGAUUAACAAAAUUUUUUUAAUGAUCGCCUGUCCGAUCGAUUCGAUUCCAUGCAUGCAUAUAUUCCUUUACAAUUUGUUGGAGCAUAAUUUUAUAAUAAAUAAAUCAUUAUAAUGAAACAA